AUGUAUAUAUUUAUAAUGUUAUCCCAAAUAAUAUCUAAACCAAAUGUUUAUCGUCAAUCAGGAUAUGUUUUCUACCGUCAAUUUACAAAUCGUGGUCCCUUAUCAUUAUUAAGUCCAACCACUCCUACCACUCCUCCACCUACAACUUCUUCUUCUUCUUCUUCACCAUCAGUACAACCACCUUCUUCUUCUUCUUCUUCAUCUAGUUCUAGUAAUGUUACCACUUCCAUUUUCCCUUCAACAACAACAAGAACAACAACUAGUACCAUUACUCCACCAACAUUUUUCCAAACCAAACCAUUACCAACUAAUACUAUUAUUAAAUUUGUACCACAAGAAGAAGCAUGGAUUGUGGAAAGAAUGGGUAAAUUCCAUCGUAUUUUACCUCCUGGAUUAGCUAUUUUAGCUCCUAUAAUUGAUAAAAUCAGUUAUGUUCAAAAUUUGAAAGAAAUGGCUUUGGAAUUACCUUUACAAAAUGCUAUUACAUUAGAUAAUGUGAAAAUUAAAUUAAAUGGUAUAAUAUAUAUUAAAAUUAUUGAUCCUUAUAAAGCUAGUUAUGGAAUUGAUGAUUAUAAAUAUUCUAUAUUAAAAUUAAUUGAAUCGAGAUUAAAUUUACAAAUUGGGAAAUUAGAAUUAUCGAAAAUUUUGAAAAAUCGAGAAUUACUAAAUGAUUUAAUUAUUAAAAUUAUUAAUGACGCUGCUAAAGAAAAUUGGGGUAUUGAAUGUGUUAGAUUUGAAAUUAAAGAUAUUAUCCCACCACAAAAUAUUGUGGAUAAUUAUAUUGAUAAAUUUAUCAAAUUACAAUAA